AUGGAGGAAACUAAAGAAAUUUCUGAUCCGGAGAAUGGGAGUUCGAGUUACGGCGGCAAACCGCCGAAUCCUUUCUCCUUCUCUUCUUCUUCUUCCUCCGUCGCCGUAUACCGGCAGGGCUUCGACGGCGAGCGCUUAUUGGCGCCGUGUAAUAAGAAGUCUCUGGUUCGACACCAAUCUCUCGUGAAGACAAAGGUGUCAGAUAUAUCUGUUGAGAACGAGUUUACUUUAGCCAAGAACAAGUCUGAGUUUGAGUUUGUCCCUGUUAUGCGCUCUGGAGCAUGGUCUGAUAUCGGCUCUAGGUCAAGCAUGGAAGAUGCUUACCUAUGCGUCGAUGAUUUAAUGGAUAGUUAUGGUCUCAAGAACUCUGGAGACGGACCAAGUGCCCUUUACGGGGUAUUUGAUGGACAUGGUGGGAAGCAUGCUGCGGAAUUCGCGUGUCACCAUAUACCGAGGUACAUUGUUGAAGAUCAAGAGUUUCCUAGUGAAAUAGAUAAGGUGAUUUCUUCGGCGUUUCUUCAAACAGACACGGCCUUCUCAGAGGCUUGUGCAUUAGAUGGGAGCCUUUCUUCAGGAACUACUGCUCUUGCAGCUAUUCUUUUUGGCAGGUCAUUGGUUGUGGCAAAUGCUGGAGAUUGUAGAGCAGUAUUGUCCCGUCAGGGAAAGGCCAUUGAAAUGUCGAAAGACCACAAACCUAUGAGCAGUAAAGAGAGAAGACGCAUUGAGGCAUCAGGUGGAUAUAUAUACGACGGGUAUCUAAACGGGCAACUAAAUGUGGCUCGUGCGCUCGGUGACUUUCAUAUGGAAGGCAUGAAGAAGAAGAAAGACGGUUCUAACGGUGGACCUCUCAUUGCAGAGCCUGAGCUCAUGACAACCAAACUAACCGAAGAGGACGAGUUCCUCAUAAUCGGGUGCGACGGGGUUUGGGAUGUGUUCAUGAGCCAGAACGCUGUUGAUUUCGCUAGAAGGAGACUGCAAGAGCACAAUGACCCGGUCAUGUGUAGUAAAGAACUGGUUGAGGAGGCUUUGAAGAGGAAGAGUGGGGAUAAUGUGACGGCGGUGGUUGUUUGUCUUCAGCCGCAGCCGCCACCGAACUUGGUCGCACCGAGGUUGAGGGUUCAAAGGAGCUUCUCGGCGGAAGGUUUAAAAGAUUUACAGAGCUACUUGGAUGGUUUGGAUAGCUAA